GCUGAUUUUAACUACCGCGUUACUAUGUCAAGUGUCGAUUUGAAACCAAAGUAUGAACCAGGUCUGGUUUUCCUUUUCAAUAUAUUCUUAUUCAUCUAAUCAGGUGAAAAGCUUCUUUGCUUUCAUGGGCCCCUAAUGUAUGAAGCCAAGUGUCUAGAUGUCAGAGUGAAAGAAGAUGGAGUAAUGUAUUUCGUACAUUAUCAAGGUUGGAAUAAAAAUUGGGAUGAAUGGGUAACUGAUAAGCGUAUGUUCAAGUAUAAUGAAGAAGGUUUAAGGAAACAGAAGGAGUUGGAACGGCAAAUAAAGUCUGGAAAAGUUAAAGUCUUAAGAAAAUCUGACCUUAAAUCACAGUCUUUACCACCCCCGGAAGUUUUAAAAGAUGUGGAGAGGACUUUGAAGCCUGGUCAAACAAAACAAGAAGAAGACAGUCCUAAAGCAAAACAGUCUAAAGUUAAUAACGAAACAGACCGAAAACCAAGUACACCCUUGCCAACCGAGAUAAAGGAGAGCGAGGAUAUCAAGCCACCCAUAAAACCUGUCGAAGAAUCUAACGGGACAUCCACGACCACAACUACAGUGUCAAGAAGGCGAAAAAGUCGGGCAACAUCAGGAAUAAAAUCUGUUGAAAAUGAUGAUGGUUUACUUUCAAAACCACAACUACAAGUUUCAAUACCUCCAACUCUAAAAGCAUGGCUCGUGGACGAUUGGGACUUAAUCACUCGUCAAGCUCGUCUUUACGAGCUUCCUGCUUCCCAACCAAUAUCCACUCUUUUGUCUGACUUCUUAGAAAGUGCUGCGACCGAGUUGAAAUCGGAACCUACUUCUGAAUCUCAAACUUCUCAAAAUAAUACAAAUCCUGCAAUAAGACCUGAUUUAAGACGUGAAUUUAUCGCUGGAAUUCAACAUUACUUUAAUCUGAUUAUUGGUUCUCAUCUUCUAUACAAAUUUGAACGAUUACAAUAUGCUGAACUUUUAAAGCGUCACACAGAUAAAAGAAUGUCAGAUAUUUAUGGUUCAAUUCACUUGUUAAGGCUUUUUGUUAAACUUCGGGAUAUGGUUUCUUGUACCAAAGUCGAUGUAAAUAGUCUGCCUAUUCUAGAAGCAUUGGUUUCUGAGUUCUUGCAAUUUCUAAAACAGAAUGAAGAUCGUUACUUCCGACUUGAAGAUUAUACUGUAGCGACAGCAGAAUAUCAGCGAAGAGCAAUGUGUUAA